GCCCGACUCUAAUAAUCAUCUGCCUAAUUAGAGCCGCAUGUUCAGCAAUCCAAACUCGCCAUUCGCCCAUCCGGCAAGCUCGGUCGGCAUCAGCACCGGGUCGAUACCCAGCAUGUCCAUCAACAGCGUCUCCAGCAUGCCGGCGCAAGCGCACCCGGUAAACAUACUCUCGCGGCAAACAUACCCGGUGGCCAGCACAGAGUUCCUCCAGCGGGUAGAGGAUACCAAGGCCAAGGCCUGACAAUGACCAUCGACGGCAUCCCUCACGAAAACGCCAAAUCACGCGUCGAAACGCAGAUUAAAAUAACCCUGCGACUGACAACCGACGACAACAACGAGCGCGCCACCUGCUGGUCGCACCUGUCGCUUCCGGAGCACCUUGUGUCGCGCGAGAAGUUCCGCCACCGCAUGCAGAAGCAUACGCCGGGGGAUGCCGGGAUGCCCUUGACGCCCCAGCACGUCGUGCACCUGGAGGCCAGCGUCAUAUGCUCGAGCGACCCAACGCGCAAAGUUGAGACGUGUCUCGGGUGCAUUCGCCGCGAGUACAAGCGGUCUUUGCGGCGGAAGGACGCGCGCCUGCGCAGCGCCGCGCCCAGCACCUGCACGACACCUGCGCAGAGCCGACCCGGGUCCCCGACCAUGGAGCCCCAGGGCCGAUUCACCGGCACAAUGGAGUCCGACUGGGACGAGGCGCGCAUCGCUAUGGAGCGGCAGAGGAUUGUUAUAUUCAACUGCAACGAUCUGCUGGACUUCUCCAAGGGCGAGGUCGUCCUGCCGACGCGCAUCACCUGCUAUUGCCGCCAUCACAACGAGAAGGUUGGCUUCUGCGUCUGCCUCAAGCUGCGUGAUAGCCAAGGCAACGAACUGGCCACGCUCAUGUCGGCGCCAAUCAUGAUCACAGACGACCACAAGUCGACCAAGUUCAAGACCGAGCGCAAGACACGCACCAAGGCUGAGUACGAGAGACAGGGUGACGGCAACGCGGCAUAUGCCAACCAUGCGCUGGCUGGCUUGGGGUCCCCCCAUGGCAGCAGCCUGCAUUUGGGCGAAGCCCCUGGGGUGUUUAAGGGCGGGAGACAAGCCCUUUCGGCACGCAAUUCGCCGACACUCCGGCCCUACAGCCACCACCAUUUGCUCGACACAUACUCGCAGUUUGCGUCGCUCGCAGGCACGCCCAGCCUUGGCAACACCCCGAUUGGGUCGCCGCUGCUGUCGGCUGCGCAUAUUAGCGGGUUUGAAUCGCCCUUCCAUCUGCCACAGUCGGUCAUGGCCGGCGGCAAUGGCACGGGAAACUAUGGCGCUGGGCCAUCGCUUUUCGGUCAUAUCGGUGGGCCGCAGGGUGCCGGCGGCAAUGCGACGGCGGCGGCGGCUGCUGCUGCAGCAGCCAUGGUGGCAAACUUCAACCAGCAGCAGGCAUUGAUGCCCAUGAGCCCGGUUUACGGCAACAUGCACGGGCACCACGCCUCAAUGAAUACGCUUAACCUGCAGCAGCAGCAGCCGCUGAGCGCCGCCAGCACCACAGUGUUUGGCGGCGACAAUGUGCCAUCAAUGCUGUCGCAUCUGUCUUCUGGUAACUGCAGCGUUAACAACGGCAACGGGGCGGAGCAGAUAGUCAUUACGCAGUUGGCGCCGGCGCAGGGCCCGCUGGCCGGCGGCACCACGGUGCUGAUCAGCGGGCGCGGCUUCCACCCAAAAAUGGCAGUGUACGUUGGCGGCUCGCAGGUGGCGCGCAUCCAGGUGUUGUCGUCGUCCAACCUCGCAUGCGUCCUGCCGCCGUCCAAGGUGCUGGGCCCAGCGGCCGUGCGCAUCCGCGACCUGACCACGAUGACCGUCUACGAGGGCAACGGCAGCAUUUCCAACCUGCAGCAGCUGGGGAUGACGCAGCCGACACAGCAAUCGGUAUUCACGUAUAUCGAGGACACGGACCAGGCGAUGUUGGAGCUGACCCUGCAGAUCAUCGGGCUCAAAUCCGGCGACAAGAGCGCGCAGUCUAGCGGAGGAUCCCCCGGGAUGGGUCCGGCUGGUGCACAGAGCAAGGGCAGUAGCCCGCAGUCAUCGCGCCUGACCAGCCCGAUACCUUCGGGCGCACACAGCGCGAGCAAGAUAAUGCAGGACCCAACAGCAAUUAACAUCCUGCGGUCUCUGCGCGCCGCCAGCGAGAGCUGCAACCUGAUGGAGAUCGAAAUAUGCCUGAUCAACCUGCUCAUGACCCUGUUCAACCGCGGGCUGGUCGAUCCCAGUCGACUGUGCCUGCGCCACGAGGCCACCGGCCGCCUACUGGUGCAUUUCGCAGCACUUCUCGGGAUGCUCAACCUGCUUUUAUUCCUGAAGAACAAGGGAAUUCCACUAGACGACACAGACAACAAUGGCAUGACAGCGAUGCACUUUGCUUGCAUGUAUGGGUCGCAAGGGCGUGCGGAUAUUGUUGAGUUUCUUUUGAAUGCUGGUGCAUCGUGUGCGAUUAAAUCGCUUUUCGGGCAGACCCCCGGUGACGUGGCGCGGUCUCUCGGGCAUAGUCAGAUUCAGCUGAUGAUUGAGGAACGCGAGGGUUAUAUGAGCUUUAUCAAGGAGGACCCGGUUGCUGAACUGCCGCUGAGGCCGAGGCUGAGGCUGCUGAGGCAGCGGCGGCGGCGGCUGUUGCGGCUGUGUCGGGAGAUAUUAUGCAGCCGUUGAGCGCAGGUGCUUCCGAUGCGUAUUCGGAUUGGACGUUUCGGCGGCGGCGGCUGCCGCUGCUGCUGCUGUUGCGGCUGUUAAUGGUAUGCAUGGCGGGGGUAUGUUUUCGCCUCAGGAGAGUAUGUUUGAUGGUGGUGGUGGUGGUGUGGUGGUGGUGGAUUGUUCGAUUCAAGCGUUUUGUUUGGUGGGGCACAGCAAGCCACUUCUGGACAGAAUGUAUCGUCCUUGUUGUCCCAUCAGCA